AUGAUCCAAGGUCAACAACCACUGCUCGCGGCUGGUGUCGCACACUCGGUCUCUGAGUUGGCAAUAUAUCCGUUUGAGGAACCAGCAGCGUCUCGAACUCUGGUAGACGUACUAUAUUCGACCAUUUUGAAGCAUCCCACUUCCCUUGCAGUCGACAAUGGCAAGACUCGGCUUAGCUACAGCGAGCUGGCUGACCGGAUAGCUAUCCAGAUUGAGGACUUACGGUCCAUGGGCGUUGGAGUCGGCGACCGUGUCGGCGUGCGGCUGAGCUCUGGAUCGAUAGAGCUCUACGUGAGCAUUCUGUCCGUGUUGGCAGCGGGUGCCGCAUACGUUCCGGUUGAUGUGGAUGAUCCAGAUGACCGGGCUGAUCUUGUGUGGGCCGAAGCUGGGGUUUGCGUUGUGCUCACAGACAAUGGCAUGAUUCCUCAGUUUAAGGCUGCCACUGGUCAACAACACCGUCCUCGCCCAGAAGAUGAUGCCUGGAUCAUCUUCACAUCAGGCUCGACUGGGAAGCCGAAAGGAGUGGCAGUGAGCCAUCGCAGUGCAGCGGCAUUCGUCGAUGCCGAAGCACAACUAUUCCUGCCAAGUAAUCACAAUCCCCUAGCACCGGGUGAUCGUGUUCUUGCAGGACUUUCAGUGGCGUUUGACGCCUCGUGUGAGGAGAUGUGGCUAGCUUGGCGGCACGGCGCGUGUCUAGUUCCGGCACCAAGGUCGUUAGUCAAGGCCGGGGCCGAUCUGGGUGCAUUUCUCAUAGCGCAGCGCAUUUCGGUAGUGUCCACGGUGCCAACACUCGCUGCUCUCUGGCCGAUUGAAGCAUUGAGCGCUCUUCGUCUGUUGAUUCUCGGCGGCGAAGCCUGUCCUCCGGAGCUAGCAACCCGUCUCUCCGGUGCCGUGAGUGGGCCAGUGUGGAAUACCUACGGCCCCACCGAGGCCACUGUUGUUUCUUGCGCGGCCCCACUUGUGGCCGGAGAAACGGUGCGCAUCGGCCUGCCGUUGAAAGGCUGGAGACUCGCCGUCAUCGGAUCAGAUGGUUGUCCCGUGCGAUGGGGUGACGUCGGUGAAUUGGUUAUCGGUGGUGUUGGAAUGGCCCGAUACCUUGACAGGGAGAAGGACAGGGCCAAGUUUACCCCAACUUCUUUUUUUGAUGGCGAGCGAAUGUACCGGAGUGGCGAUCUCGUCCGAGCGGAGCGUGAUGGACUGCUUUUCGUUGGGCGUGAUGAUGAGCAGAUCAAGCUCGGUGGACGACGAAUUGAGUUGGGCGAGAUCGAUGCGGCUCUAAUGACUCUCCCUGGUGUCAACGCUGCUGCUAGCGCUAUUCGCCAUAGUGAGACCGGGAUACAGAUUCUUGUGGGAUACGUUGUCCGGAAUGGCGCUGCGCAUGCCACGACUACAACUGACCGAGAAUUGCUUCUACGCGUACUUCCCGCCACACUCGUGCCGAUGCUUAUCACGGUCGAUGACCUGCCAAUACGGACAUCAGGCAAGGUAGACCGUAAAGCACUGCCCUGGCCGCCACUUGAGUCAUCUACUGGCAAACAAGAAGGCGACUUGCCGCCUCACAGCACCGCGGCGUGGCUUGCCGAGCAGUGGCGGCGUUUGCUCGGUAUGCCCGCCUCAAUGGACUCCAACUUUUUCCAUCUUGGCGGCACCAGUCUUGCUGCAGCUCAGCUCGUGUCACAGGUGCGACAGCGAUGCCAAACGCUUUCGGUUGCUGAUGUUUACGAGAAUCCAGAAUUAAAAUCCAUGGCGGCUCGUGUCGACGAGCUCUCCGGGACCGAAAACACUGGCAGCGAAUAUUUACCGACGGCUCGCUGGGUGCUGUUGACACAGAGCCUGGUUCAGUUCGGGGUGAUUGUGGCACUGCUCAGCUUCGAAGGGCUCCGCUGGCUCAUUGCGAUAGGUCUCACGAAGAAGUUCUUUGCCAUACGUCUUGACGCUACUAGCUGGGCUGCAAGGUACGCGAUGCCAUGGUGGUUGAUCAUUGUUGGCUGGGUAGUAUUAAUCACCAUGCCUGGCCGCCUGCUCACGACUGCAGGAGUUGUACGACUCAUCACCAUAGGCAUCCGACCCGGCAUCUACCGCCGGGGAGGUGCUGUACACUUGCGAUUAUGGGCAGCAGAGCGCUUCGUGGCACAGAACCGCAUUGCCCCCAUAGCUGGCACUCAGUGGUGUCGUCGCUAUGCUAGGCUGUUGGGCUGUCGUGUCGGUGCUGAUGCGCAGAUCCAUGGGCUCCCUCCAGUAACAGGUCUUGCCGCCUUUGGGGACGGGUGCGCAGUUGAACCUGAGGCUGAUAUAGCUGGAUGGUGGCUCGAUGGUGAUAGACUUCACAUUGGUACCAUAACCAUCGGACAUGGUGCAAGAGUUGGUACCCGUUCCACGCUUUUGCCCAACACAUUGCUGGAGCCUUUCGCUGAUGUCCAGCCCGGCAUCAGUGUCCAGGGAACGGUAAGAGGGCCAGAAUCUCAUGACCGUGAUUCCAACUCAUCCAUGGACGACUCGGAGAUUAUGGGGGAGAGCUUCUGGACAGGGCCUCGGUACACGGUGACCUUGCUGCUGCUGGACUUUUCACCCAUCAUUAUGAUCGCGCCUGUAUUGGGGCUCACUCCUGCGCUCGUCCAAAACUACAACAACUUUAGAAGUCUGAUCCUAGCGCUGAUCGAGAUGACACUUCCAGGUGCCAUUCUGGGAAUCUUGUUGUCCGCCACAAUCAAUAUAUCUCUGGUCAGACUAUUGAGUCUCGCAAUCCGUCCUGGUGUACACUCGUGGCACAGCACCGCAGCAUGGGCGAGUUGGCUAACGCAUGGUAUAAUGAUGGAGCUACGCAGUUCCUUAUUCCCCAUUUAUGCCAGUCUAUUUACUCCAACAUGGCUACGUCUGCUAGGAGCUACCAUGGGUAGCUCUGUAGAGUCGUCUACCGUGGUUCCCAUCCCGUCACUGUUAUCAGUUCGAGAUGGUGGGUUUCUUGCGGAUGAUGUGCUGCUAUCCCCUGCUGAGCUUAGAGCCGGCCGUAUUCGACUGGGACCCUCCCUCGUAGGGGUAAGAGCCUUUGUCGGUAACUCAGCAAUAGUCGAUCCAGACGUCGAAGUAUCUGACGGCUCUUUGAUUGGUGUGCUCAGCACGGCACCAGAUACUGAAAAGAUGGAAUCUGGCUCAUCCUGGUUAGGCAGGCCUCCCAUGUCACUCCCUCGACGAAACGAAGCACCAGCUGAUGAGACUUUGACCUUUAAACCACCCCUACGCUUGCGGGUGGCCAGAGCACUAGUCGAAUCAUGUCGACUAUUUCCCCUUCUGAUCUCCGCAAUGUUGGCAACGCUGGUUGGAGUUGGCAUGUUGUUCUUCAUAGAUACGUUCGGUAAUUGCUGGGCUAUUCUAGGCGCCGGCGGGCUGCUCGUUGCCGCAGGUAUAGCUAGCGGUAUCAUCACCAUCGUGGCCAAGUGGCUAUUGACGCCGGUCAUUGCCCCGGGAAAGCAGCGUCCGCUGUGGAGCUCCUUUGUCUGGCGCAACGAACUAGCUGAUACUUUCAUACAGUCGCUGGCCCUUCCGUGGCUUCUCAGAAUGUGUUAUGGUACUCCAAUAUUACCAAUGUGGAUGCGUUUAUUAGGAGCUACGAUUGGCCGUGGCGUGUGGUUGGAAAGUCACCUGCUUCCUGAAGCUGAACUCAUCCAGCUUGACGAUGGAGUUACAAUUAAUCGCGGGUGUGUGUUGCAAACACACUUAUUCCACGACCGGCUAAUGCGACUGGAUAAAGUCCAUCUGGAGCGAGGAGCCACACUUGGGCCCUAUGCUAUUACGUUGCCUGGCAGCACCAUCGGCUCAGGAACGACUAUCGCACCGACUUCACUUGUCAUGCGUGGUGAGCACAUCCCAGCAGGUACUCGCUGGAAAGGGAACCCAGUUCGGCCUUGGUCUGAUGAGGAAAAAGUCACUGGGAGUUCAGCUGAAAGUUCUGACAGGGAGAAUAUGCCUUGCCCAGUAUGA